ACGUUAAGACAUGCAUAAAUUCUUGCCGUUGUUCUCUCUUUCGCACUCUCACACCGUUGCACACCCUUCGCCCGCUUGAAUGUAUUGUGUUCUCUCGUUGACUUUCCCACGCUAAUUCGUCACAAGCAACACAGCGCACGGUACUUUGCCUCAGUCUAUUUAUGUUUUGUUUCAGAUAAACACCACAAACAGAAGAAAUAAUCGCGCGCGUCAAUCAUGUCAAACGUCAAACAACACGAAGAAAAUAUGGAUAACGAAGUUGGUUCAGUGAAAGAUUUCGAUCAGUUCGCUGGGAAUAGAGUUUGCCAAUCGUCACCGAACCAGUCGGAAUUGUCGGUUAUCUCGAUCAGCUCAAACGAUUCGGGCGUCUCGUUCGACGACAACUUGAAGUAUAAAUUAAGUUCGUUCCUAAAAUUCAAAAAAGAUACACCGAAAAUGUGGUCAGUGGAAUUUAACCACUUUCUGAAGCCGGGCCAGCCGAAUAUCUUUGCCUUGGUUGGCGGACAAUGGUUUUCUAUAUAUGAAUCAACGGCAAAUGGACAAAUCAAACAGCUGAUGUACUAUAAAGAUCCAGACGCCAAAGAGGAUUUUUACACGUGCUGUUGGUCGGUGACUGGGUCGGGCAAAAGAUCGAUAUUGGUAACGGCCGGUGUACGUGGUAUCAUUCGAAUUAUUGAGCCACAAAGUCCAAAUGCCAAACCGGAGCAUUUGAUUGGUCAUGGUGGAGCGUUAAAUCAGCUCAAAGUGUCACCAAGAAAGCCAUUUUUGUUGGCAUCGGCCAGCAAGGACCAUUCGAUUCGUCUAUGGAACAUUGAAACCAAAGCAUGCAUUGCCACGUUUCACGCCAUCGAAGCACAUCGCGAUGAAGUGGUUUCGAUUGAUUUCAAUCGUGAUUGCACACGGCUCGUGUCGGGCGGUCUCGAUCACAUGAUCGCCAUUUGGGACUUAACUGUUCCGGAAAUCGCCAACACCAUCGAAAAAAGCAAACGCUAUAACGUGAAUCUGUCUUCACAGGCCAUCAAAACGGCGUAUCAUCCAUUUCCAAUGUUUUCAACACGAAGCCUUCACUCGAACUAUAUCGAUUGCGUACAAUGGCACAACGAAUUCAUCAUUUCAAAGUCCAAUUUAGACGAUUUAUACUGUUGGAAACCGGGUUUGCUGCCGUGCGAUCAAAGAACUGGGGCACAUUCACGCAACGCCUUCACAAAAAUUGCCAAAUUCAACGUGGAAAAUUGCAUUUAUUAUUUUACACGUUUCACAACCAGCUAUGAUGGGUCUGUUUUAGCAUUGGGCAAUGCCAACGGCACAGUUCGCCUAUGGAAUCUUGAUUGCAUUGAUCCAACGGAUAUUCCCAACGUAACGCUGCAUCAUUUCAAACGCACCCAGAACAUUCGAGAUUUGAGCUUUUCCCGUUGUGGUCGCGAUCUGGUCUUCUACUGCGAUGACGGCACCGUUUGGCUCUAUCAACGCUGAACAAAAACAAAUGGAGCUGGAUUCAUCAAAACGCUGAACAACUUGUCAUCGAAUGCAUGAAAUAACAGCAGUUUCAUUUAAAAUAAAACUUUAAUUGAUUUGCAAUUAGUUCAAGUUUUGAAUAUUAAGCAGCUACGAUUCACUGAUACCUCAUCAAAUGAGUUCUAAAGUUAAACUCAUGAAAAUAACAACAAAAACAAAGAAAAAAACAUAUGUAGAGAAAAAAAAAUUCGCAUAAAAAAAACAAAAAAAAGACGGUCCAGAAGCGAUAUUGGAGAAAUUUUAUCGAAAUCGCUAUAUUACCGCGCAAAAGGAACCCUUUUUCUACCUCAAAAAUGUAAUUCAAUGUGACUUUAUGUUCAUAUCACCAAAAAAUGUUAAAUUUCUAGAACUAAGCCCAACAUAUUGAAGCAUGCUUCAUGUGCACAUUCAAAAGAAACUCAUAAGAACUGCGUUCAAAACGAUAUUUAAUAAGAAAAUUAGUUGAACUAAAUCACUGAACAACCAAAAUGAAACAAAAAAUGUGAAAAAAUUCUAAAUAAAUGUCCUUAUGAGAAUA